AUGAGGUCGACGGUGUUUUUCUAUGUCUCCUACACACUGUGUCUGUGUUUGGGCCUGCUCUGUGUGCUGUUUGUGAGCUGCUGGAGCUCACACUGGAGAGGUGGUUUCUCCUGGGAUGGUUCAGCCCUCGAGUUCAACUGGCAUCCUGUGCUCAUGGUGUCUGGGCUGGUGGUUCUGUAUGGUAAUGCUGCCGUUGUGUAUCGUGUACCGUUCACCUGGAAGCAGAGGAAGCACACCUGGAAGCUGGUGCACGCUGGACUGAUGCUUUUGGCUUUGCUUCUGGCCGUCCUGGGUCUGUGUGCCGUGUUUGACUUCCACAGAGGCUUCAACAUCACUGACCUGUACUCUCUGCACAGCUGGGUGGGCAUCUGUACUGUAACGAUGUUUGCAUUUCAGUGGAUCCUUGGCUUGGCUGGUUUCUUGUUUCCUUGUUCUCCUCUGUGGUUCCGAAGCGGCCUGAAACCUGUCCAUAUCUGGUUAGGAAAAACAAUCUUGAUCCUCGGUCUGAUCGCCUGCAUCAGUGGUAUCAAUGAGAAACUGCUGCUCACGCUUAACGGGAGCAGUGGUGAGCCCUACAACUCGCUGCCCGUGGAAGCAAAGUUUGCGAAUUCCCUCGGUAUCCUCAUUGUGGCCUUUGGAUUGGUCGUCUUUGGAAUCCUAUCCACAAAAAAAUGGCGGAGGCCAGAAACAGACCGUGAAAGUGUUCAUGUGAGUAUGGAUGCGAUGGUCAUCAUAUUUUUGUUUAUCAAUACCACCUUGAAAUCUGGAUUGCCUUACCAUAAACAACUUUUCUGAAUGAGAUAAUAAUCUGGGUGUUAUUUUAAUUACAGCCUCUGCUCAGUG